ACGCUGUGACGAUAAACUGGCAGGCAGCGCUGCGCAGCGGACUAGGAUGCUCUGUUCUCUCUCGCGCACACUCUCCUGUCUCCUGCUUUCCACCGUUAACAUGGACGGGCUUAAUUAAUGCAUGUGUCCCUUCUGCCCUGAAGCUAAUGAAUUUUAAUUCGCAUUUUGAGACUGGACUUGCAUUUUUUCGGCCGCAAAAGCACUGGAAUUUCCUUGUACAGAGUGGAUAACACGGAGGUAUCUGCCGAAUAAUACGUCUUCAGAAAAGAGGCAAAUUAUGCCAGCAGCACCAGAGUCCCUCCCCCUGGUGACUUGCCAGCCCAUUGGUCAGACAGCUCUGUGCACCACCUCUAGCCCCGCCCAAUCCCCUGGCAGAUCCAUGCUGCUGGACACGCCCCACAGAGCCACGCCCACACCAUGAGCGCCAACGGGCCCGCCCCUGUGGCCCUGGCUUCAGCCCCGGCUACAACCCCAGUCGCCCCACCGGUUGCAGCUCCGGUAGCUGCCCCCACGGCUGCCCCGGUCCCGGUGCCGACCGUCCCGGUGGGCGCGUUGGCACAAAAGAAGCGGGCGCAGUACGCCAAAAGCAAGAAGCAGGGCAGCAACGCCAACACCAGGCCUGCCAGGGCCCUGUUCUGCCUCAAACUUAACAACCCUAUACGAAGAGCCUGCAUCAGCCUGGUGGAGUGGAAGCCAUUUGACAUCUUUAUAUUAAUUGCUAUAUUUGCCAACUGUAUGGCCUUAGCUGUGUAUAUCCCCUUCCCUCAGGAUGACUCCAACUCCACCAACCAUGACCUGGAAACGGUAGAACAUGUCUUCCUCGUCAUUUUCACUAUAGAGACCUUCCUGAAGAUUAUCGCCUAUGGUUUAGUGGCGCACCAGAACGCGUAUGUGAGAAACGGAUGGAACAUGCUGGAUUUUGUCAUCGUCGUUGUAGGACUGUUCAGUGUUGUCCUGGAGCUUUUGACCAAAGACUCUGUAGAGACGAAGGAGGAGGCAGAGGCGGGUGCGGCUGCGGCGGCGGCGGCGGCAGCGCUCCACCCCUCCGCGCACGGCCACGGGGGAAAGUCGGGCGGCUUCGACGUCAAAGCCCUCCGAGCCUUCCGUGUACUGCGACCCCUACGCCUGGUCUCAGGAGUGCCCAGUUUACAGGUUGUGUUGAACUCCAUUAUUAAAGCCAUGGUCCCUCUCCUCCACAUCGCGCUGCUGGUCCUGUUUGUCAUCAUCAUCUACGCCAUCAUCGGCCUUGAGCUCUUCAUUGGCAAAAUGCACGCUACCUGCUUCUUCCCCAGCACAGGCAUGAUAGCGGAGGAUGACCCGGCUCCGUGUGCAAUCUCAGGGCACGGGCGCCAAUGUCCCAUCAAUGGCACCGAGUGCAGGGAGGGCUGGCACGGCCCCAACAACGGCAUCACCAACUUUGACAACUUCCUGUUCGCCAUGCUGACUGUGUUCCAGUGUAUCACCAUGGAGGGCUGGACAGACGUGCUCUACUGGAUGAAUGAUGCUAUGGGUCUAGAGCUUCCAUGGGUCUACUUUGUUUCUCUUGUCAUCUUCGGCUCCUUCUUUGUUCUAAACCUGGUUCUGGGAGUGUUGAGCGGAGAGUUCUCCAAGGAGAGAGAGAAGGCCAAGGCCAGAGGAGACUUCCAGAAGCUGAGAGAGAAGCAGCAGCUAGAGGAGGACCUGAAGGGCUACCUGGACUGGAUUACUCAGGCCGAGGACAUCGACCCUGACAACGAGGACGAGGAGGGCAACGAGGAGGGAAAACGCAACCGGGUGACUCUGGCUGACCUCACAGAGAAGAAGAAAGGAAGCAGGUUUGGGUGGUUCAGCCAGUCCUCCGACACUCAUGCGAGUAUGCCAGCCAGUGAGACGGAGUCGGUGAACACAGAGAACGUGACCGAGGAUGAGGUGAAGACACCGUGCUGUGGACCUUUUUGUCAAAAAAUUUCAAAGUCAAAGUUCAGUCGGCGCUGGCGUCGCUGGAACAGGUUCUGCCGCAGGAAGUGCCGGUUGGCAGUUAAAUCGGUGCCUUUCUAUUGGCUGGUGAUCAUCCUGGUGUUUCUCAACACACUCACCAUCUCCUCAGAGCACUACAUGCAGCCUGACUGGCUCACUCAAGUACAGGACGUGGCAAACAAGGUUCUGCUGGGAUGUUUUACAUGUGAGAUGAUGACCAAGAUGUACAGUCUGGGCCUGCAGGCCUACUUCGUGUCCCUGUUCAACCGCUUUGACUGCUUUGUAGUGUGUGGAGGCAUCACAGAGACCAUCCUGGUGGAGCUGGCCAUCAUGUCUCCUCUGGGCAUCUCUGUGUUCCGCUGUGUCCGCCUUCUCAGGAUCUUCAAGGUCACACGUCACUGGCAGUCUCUCAGUAACUUGGUGGCAUCGCUGCUCAACUCCAUGAAGUCCAUCGCCUCCCUGCUGCUCCUGCUCUUCCUCUUCAUCAUCAUCUUCUCCCUGCUGGGCAUGCAGGUGUUCGGAGGCAAGUUCAACUUUGACGAGACACAGACCAAGAGGAGCACCUUCGAUAACUUCCCCCAGGCACUGCUCACUGUGUUUCAGAUCCUGACGGGUGAAGACUGGAACGCUGUGAUGUAUGACGGCAUCAUGGCGUACGGUGGCCCUUCCUCAUCAGGGAUGAUCGUCUCCUUCUACUUCAUCAUCCUUUUCAUCUGCGGAAACUACAUCCUGCUGAACGUCUUCUUGGCUAUCGCUGUGGACAACCUGGGAGACGCAGAGUCUCUCAACGCUCCACGUGACAAAAAAGAAGAGAAAAAGGAAGACUUGGUGCCAGUGGAGGAAGAUGAGGAGAAUGCUGCAGCGGAGGAGGAGGAGGAGCCGGAGGUUCCAGCAGGGCCACGCCCACCUAUCUCUGAACUGGUCAAGAAGGAGAAGAUCACCCCCAUCCCUGAUGGCAGCGCCUUCUUUAUCUUCAGCAAGACCAACCCGAUCCGGGUGGGAUGUCAUAAACUCAUCAAUCACCACAUCUUCACCAACCUCAUCCUGGUCUUCAUCAUGCUCAGCUCUGUCUCCCUCGCUGCAGAGGACCCCAUACGCAACUUCUCUGCUCGCAACAUCAUACUUGGUUACUUUGACUAUGCUUUCACGGCUAUCUUUACUGUUGAGAUCCUGUUGAAGGUCCUAGGCUAUGCAGAUUAUGUCUUCACUAGUAUGUUUACAUUUGAGAUCAUGUUGAAGAUGACCACAUACGGGGCGUUCCUCCAUAAAGGGGCGUUCUGUAGGAACACCUUCAACCUGCUUGAUCUGCUGGUGGUGGGGGUCUCCCUGGUCUCCUUCUGCAUCCAGUCCUCUGCCAUCUCAGUGGUGAAGAUUCUGAGGGUCCUGCGUGUGCUUCGGCCCCUGAGGGCUAUCAACAGAGCCAAAGGUCUCAAGCACGUAGUCCAGUGUGUGUUUGUGGCCAUCAGGACCAUCGGUAACAUCAUGAUCGUCACCACGCUGCUGCAGUUCAUGUUUGCCUGCAUAGGAGUACAGCUCUUUAAGGGGAAGUUUUACCGCUGUACAGACGAAGCCAAGUCCAGCCCAGACGAAUGCAAGGGCACCUACAUCCAUUUUAAGGACGGGGACGUGAACCAGCCGGCCAUCCAAAAGAGAGUGUGGCACAACAGCGAGUUCAACUUUGACAACGUGCUGAUGGCCAUGAUGGCUCUUUUCACCGUGUCUACCUUCGAGGGCUGGCCUUCGUUGCUCUACAAGGCCAUAGACUCUAACAGGGAGAACCUGGGUCCCAUCUACAACUACCGCAUCGAGAUCUCCAUCUUCUUCAUCAUCUACAUCAUCAUCAUCGCUUUCUUCAUGAUGAACAUCUUCGUCGGCUUCGUCAUCGUCACCUUCCAGGAGCAAGGAGAGAAAGAGUACAAGAACUGUGAGCUUGAUAAGAACCAGCGGCAGUGUGUGGAGUAUGCCCUGAAGGCCCGUCCAUUGAGGAGGUACAUCCCUAAGAACCCCUACCAGUAUAAGUUCUGGUACGUGGUCAACUCCACAGGGUUUGAGUACAUCAUGUUCGUCCUCAUCAUGCUCAACACGCUCUGCCUGGCUGUGCAGCACUAUGGCCAGUCUGCAACAUUUAACUAUGUGAUGGACAUCCUCAACAUGGUCUUCACUGCUGUUUUCACUGCAGAGAUGGUGCUCAAACUCAUCGCCUUCAAACCUCGGCACUAUUUCACUGACGCGUGGAACACAUUUGAUGCCUUAAUUGUAGUUGGUAGCGUCGUUGAUAUUGCUAUCACUGAAGUGAAUCCUACGGAGGCUCCUCAGUUGGAUGAGUCGGGGAACACGGAGGACAGUGCUCGCAUCUCCAUCACCUUCUUCCGACUGUUCCGAGUCAUGCGAUUGGUCAAGCUGCUGAGUAGAGGGGAGGGCAUCCGCACCCUCCUGUGGACCUUCAUCAAGUCCUUUCAGGCUCUGCCCUAUGUCGCCCUUCUGAUCGCCAUGCUCUUCUUCAUCUAUGCUGUCAUCGGCAUGCAGGUGUUCGGGAAGGUAGCCAUGGUGGAUGGCACCCACAUCAACAGGAACAACAACUUUCAGACCUUCCCUCAGGCCGUGUUGUUGCUCUUUAGGUGUGCCACGGGGGAGGCGUGGCAGGAGAUCAUGUUGGCGUGUGUGUCUGGAAAGCUGUGUGACCCAGAGUCUGACUACAACCCUGGAGAGGAGAUGACCUGUGGAGCCAGCUUCGCCUACAUCUACUUCAUCAGCUUCUACAUGCUCUGUGCAUUCCUGAUUAUCAAUUUGUUUGUGGCUGUCAUCAUGGACAACUUUGACUAUCUGACUCGUGAUUGGUCGAUCCUGGGUCCUCACCACUUGGACGAGUUUAAGAGGAUCUGGUCUGAGUAUGACCCAGAGGCCAAGGGCAGGAUUAAACAUCUGGACGUGGUCACUCUGCUCCGACGCAUUCAGCCUCCUCUGGGCUUUGGCAAACUCUGUCCUCAUAGAGUGGCCUGCAAGAGACUGGUGGCCAUGAACAUGCCUCUAAACAGCGACGGCACCGUGAUGUUCAAUGCUACCCUAUUUGCAUUAGUACGCACAGCCUUGAAGAUCAAAACUGAUGGUAAUCUGGAGCAGGCCAACGAGGAGCUGAGAGCGGUCAUCAAGAAGAUCUGGAAGAGGACCAGUAUGAAGCUACUGGACCAAGUGGUGCCCCCUGCUGGUGAUGAUGAGGUAACCGUGGGGAAGUUCUAUGCCACCUUCCUGAUACAGGACUACUUUAGGAAAUUCAAGAAACGUAAAGAGGAGGGCCUGGUAGGGGUGCACGCCUCCCAGAACAACACAGCCAUCGCUCUACAGGCUGGCCUUCGCACGCUACAUGAUAUCGGGCCUGAAAUUCGACGAGCGAUAUCAUGUGACCUGCAAGAUGACGAGCUAGUAGACUUUAUUCCAGAGGAGGACGAGGAGAUUUAUAGGCGCAACGGCGGCUUGUUCGGUAACCACGUCAACCACGUGAACGGGGACCACCACCGGCGCUCAUCGAGUCACCAAACCAACGCCACCCAGCGGCCCCUGCAAGUGCAGCCGCCUCCGCACUAUGCCCACAUGGAGCAGCCGGUGGGGCGUCUCUGCCGGGCCAAUGCCAUGUCCCACCCUAACCACCACCAUCGCCACCACCACCACAACUCCUCGUACGGCAAGUCGCCCAAGUCCACCAACAUCAACUUGAACAAUGCCAACGUGUCCAGUCUACCCAACGGAGGAGGGCACCACCACCGCUACUACGAGCACGCUCCGCCCCCCGCAAACGGUUACCCUGGACACCGUGGCGGCCCCUACUACCCCGACUACGACAAGCUACCUCCUCGCGGCACGCCGCAAGGACAAAGAAGGCGCUACUAUGAGACCUAUGUUAGGUCCCACAUAGGAGACGUCCGCCACCCGACCAUCCGGCGGGAGGAGGAGUUUGACGAUGACAGGUACUCAGGAGAGUACUAUAGCGGGGAGGAGUUCUACGAGGACGACAGCAUGUUGUCAGGAGACAGGAGGUCCUAUAAAGAAUACCUGGACAGGUACCAGAACAGUGACACAGAGUAUGAGACUCCUAGAGGCUACCACCACCCCGACAGUUACUAUGACGAUGAUGAGCAGCCCCUCUACCAAGAUGGAAGGAGGUCGCCUAAGAGACGGAUGCUUCCUGCCACGCCUCAAGGUCACCGGAGGCCCUCCUUCAACUUUGAGUGCCUGAGAAGGCAAGGCAGUCAGGACGAGCUACCACACCAACGCACUGCACUACCACUGCACCUAAUGCAGCACCAGGUGAUGGCUGUAGCAGGGCUGGACUCCAGCAGAGCCCACCGUCUCUCCCCCACCCGCUCCACCCGCUCCUGGGCCACUCCCCCCGCCACUCCGGCCAGUAAGGAACAGUCGCCCUACUACACGCCCCUCAUCAGGGUCGAUCUCCCCGGACGCAGGGAGAGCGCCUCCAGCAGCCAGGUGUCUGUGAGGAAGAGUUCGUGGUACACAGACGACCCAGAGUACUCCCAGAGGACCUACUCCCCCGUCCACCUCCAGCUGCCUCCAGAGUACCGACAGCAUUACCACCAGAAGAGAGGCAGUGCUACCAGCCUGGUGGAGGCGGUUUUGAUAUCAGAGGGGCUCGGGAGAUACGCCAAGGAUCCAAAGUUCGUGGCGGCCACCAAGCACGAGAUAGCGGACGCGUGCGAGAUGACCAUUGACGAGAUGGAGAGCGCGGCCAGCCACUUGCUGAACGGCGGUGUGGCGCCGGCGGUUAAUGGGGUCAACGUGUACCCCGUCAUGAGCGAGCGGGACUACGACCUCCAGGACGCCACGGCCAGUUACAGUGACGAGGAGCCGGAGGUGGAGCUUAGAUUACCGUACGAGGAGGACCUGGCAGACGAGAUGAUCUGCAUCACCACUUUAUAGCAUCUCCUGGAGAAUAAACUACUAGAAACUAACUACUAGCUGUAUGUACUCUACUUCAUAUAGACUACAGUACCAUCAGUGGAAAACUAAAUGAGAAAUGCAUCUAUUGGCUUACGACCAAAAGAAGUGCCUUUUACAUGGAAGAGAAAGGCACCUAUGAGGAGAGAGACACACACUUAUUCUCUCACUCGCCCUCUGCCAGCCAGGGAAUUCACAUUACUUCUGUCAAUCACAGGACCAGGAGCCAAUUCUGGUGCCAGGGAACCAUGUUAGUCCCACCCUCCCAGACCGACACUACUGGCGCAUAGGAGGCCAUGACCAUCUGUCAUAGGUCACCGUCUGGAGGUGACACUCACAGGUUCAUCAACGAGCCAAUUGCAGACGAGGACAUGGCGUGUCAGUGGAGGAGAUGGACCUAUUGGCAGAGGCGUGAGGUACCGUGGGCAGGUUGUUAAGGGUGAUGACAAUCAGAUGUAAGAUGUCAUUCCCUCUGUCACUUUAUUAAGAUUUUGGCAUAUCAUGCAAGUUUUCAAUGCAAGCAUAGAAAGGCAUAUCUCUCCCCACCUAACCCCCCUUAGAUGUUUUAGUAUAACUUUGAUCCCGGAAUCAUUGACAUAAAUAAUUAAAAGAUGACUGUAGAUGGUUCACAACGAACAGAUUCUUAGAGAAUAACCCGUUUACGUAUGCAGGAGAUAUCAGUCACAUUUAUAGCAUCUUCCAACUGGAGAUAUACACUUCUGAGACGACUACAGCAUGGAAUAAAUGCACCAGCAGGCAGGUUGUUUUUCAUUUGACAAUAGCCUGACGAUGAAUAUUUCAUAGUAGAUAUAGUGUAAAUGAAUUGUAUUAUAUAAACAAAAAGAAAAACUUUGUAAAGAGAUGUUCUAUAUUUUGUAAUUGUGUACCAUUUCAAAAGAAGAUCAGCAAUACACACCCUAAUGAAUCCUAUUAUGCUACCAGGAAAGAAGAUCGCUGGUGUUAUUAUUUUAUUAGGUACAAUAUUCUGACAUUUAUUUGCCUUUUCUUUGUUGUUGCUCAUAUGCAUCCUUGACAUGUCUGUGAACAGCUUUUUUUAAUUGUUUUGUUUUUCGUGUAACAACACAGCUGCACAAGAUAUGCAAAUGUCUUUGUUUUUUUACUUGUUUUAUGAGCAUAAGAACACUGUAUAUGUGUUACUCAAACCACACCAACACCAGUACCACAAAGUAAAGUACCCCUUAUUAAGAGCAUCUUUGUAGGACUUGAUGUUAGCUAAAGCUCAAGGAGGCUAUUCUACCUUUAUAAAGAUGUGAUACGUAACUUCCGUGUUUGCAUAUGUUGUGCAGAGGAGGUGCACAGCACAGAAAGGUCAAAUGCCUAGUGCAUUGACAAUGCUGCUUCAUUCUCCCAUUUUCAAAUGAAUUCUACAACUUUAUUAGUUUCAUCUGUCCCAACUGAAAUGCCUUCUGCUGCUGAAAGAAAACAAUAUGAUAGACGUGAGAUGAACAGAAAUCUCCCUGUCGUUCUCAAUGCUUUUAUUGGGAUUUUUCCUCAAUAUACGACUUGUUGAUCACGAUUAAUGUAAGUUAAUUCCACUGAUCCUUUCAAACUGAAUCUUCCUAAUCACUUGGCCUUUAUGUUGUUGUGUGCGAGACUUGUGACAGACUGGGCCGGUGUGAGCCAGGACAGACGGGAUGCAUGGUGGUUGAUUGGUAAGGCACGUAUUCAUCAGGGAUGUUGACAGGGCAGAUGAGCUCACGUGAUGAGGCUGCAUCUAGCCUGGGUGCCAGUCUGGUUCUGCUCUCUCGCCAACUCCUUACGGAAUUGUCAAGCAAAACAUGACGAUGGAGUAGGCAAAAGCACAAACAGAUCUGGACCAGGCUAGGUAUCAUCAUGGUCUAGGUAGGUCCACGGUCUCCACCAUUGUUGUCCUCUUCUGUUGUGUUGUCGUGUCAUAUUUGGCCCGAAGUGUUUUAGCUGGAGAGAGGCUAAGCAAUACUAACCCCCUCACUCUCUCAGCCUCUCUGGCUUCUCUCUGCAUACACUGUACCUCGUGGUGGUCCAGCAUCGUCUGGGGAAAACAUAUCAGCCUUCCUCUCAACCAACCAGUCUGUUUCCCACAGCCAUCUUAUCCGUCCAAUGAGAAGGGAGUGUUUGUACUAUGGCUCAUUUUACAAGAAAACUCAACUUUUGUUGAUAUCAACGCAAGUUGAAAAUUGAUGCACCACAAAAUUACUUUACACUAGCAGACAAAAAAUAAAGUACUAAGUUCACUUUUUUUUCAGGCGCUGCCCUGGAUAGUUUGAAUAAGCACAGAUGAUGGGUAGGUGAUGAGACGUGUGGGAUCUGUAAUUCAUGAGUGUUUGAUUUGUAGGUCAUGAGUUCGCAUUGCGUUCUCAGUCAACCUGAAUACUGUGGUGAAAAUGUAGGCUAUCCACUUUGUGUGCACAUUGAAAGGGCUCUUUGAAUUGUUUGAGUAAAAAAAAAUGUGUUCUGGUCUUUUUGUUGAGAAUUAUUUUGUGAAAGGACCAAUGCGCAUUCCAGGCACGUUAUACUAUUCGUAGCAAUUACUGAUAAACUGAAAAUAUGCAUUAUUUUGUAAACACUUUUAAAAAGGUUGUGUUAAACUAAAGAUAAAACAAACAUACUUUUACCUCAUGUCAGGGAUUCCUGAAAAAAGAAAAGAGAAAAUGAUUUGGUUCAUUCUAUACCAAUGGUAUUUCAAUAUUAGCACAUAGCUGUUUGUCUUUGCACAAGUAACUGUAUAGUGCUAUUGUUUCUCCUUUUUCUAUACACAUUUUUGUGAAUUAAGGUGAGACAAUUUUGUACUUUUUUGUGACUGUGUGUAUGGUUUAGUGAAAUCUAUAUUUGUCAUUUACACCUCACCUUUCAAUGCUGGGACAGAAAGAAUCUGAAAAAAAAAUAAUGAAAAAAAUAUACAUUUUCAAGGUGCACUGUUCCUCUGUUGGCGGGUUAAAAAAAGAUAAAUCCAAUGGUAAUAUACCAGUUUACAGAGAAACCCUUGUUGAUUUAAACAUUUUGAUUAGUUUUCAUUCUAUUAUUAUAAUUAUUAUGAUUACUAUUACUACUAUUACUGUUAUUAAAUAUGUAUUAAAAUAGAAGAUAAUGUAAAAUAUGUACAAACAUAUGGAAAGACCCAUGGUAAUGUUCUCUACUUGAAAGUCCUUAUAUUUUCUCUGUAAUGUUUUUAUUCAGUAAACAUGAUUUCUCUUAGUAGCAAAUGCUUUAUUAUGACCCUCUAUGUUUUGUAUCAAUUCAUUUUUUUUUCUUUUUUUUUUGCCUUGAAUUCAUUUUAAUCAAUAAUGAUAUUUUUUUUUCUAAUGAUUAUUACUGAAUAAACUUACACUGAAAUUCUA